AUGAACAACUCCCCCACCCACGACUUCAUGAACGUCGAUUCUUUCUCUCAGCUCCCCUUUCUUCGCCCCCCGCCACCCUCCAAAGAUAAACCCAUUCGCCUCUUCGGCCAAGACUUCUCCCACGCUCCCCAAACCUCCCACACCUCUUCCCAACACAAUUCCGACAAGGACCACGCUCACAACAACACCACCACCACCAACACAGAAAACGCCGAGGCCACCCGCAGAUUCGAGUGCCAUUACUGUUGCAGAAACUUCCCCACUUCCCAGGCCUUGGGCGGCCACCAAAACGCCCACAAACGAGAGCGCCAACACGCCAAACGACACCUCCACUCCGCCAUGCUCCAAACCACCCUCUCCGAUGCUAACUCCUACGCCUUCAUCAACCCCACCUACGCUUCCUCCGCAAUCUCUCAUUCUUCUUACCCAACGUGGGAUUCUAACGCUGCUCGUGGAAGAUUCUACGGAAGCUCCUACUCUCACCAACUUCAACCCAUCACUGGAAGCCCCUUGGGCUUGUGGCGAAUUCCCAACGCCACUGCAACCACUCACCCCCAGAGUAACCCUAUUUUACACCACGAACGCGCGUUGCCUCUGCUUGCUCGCGAGGAAAUGGUGAACGCGAGAAUGGGUCCCUCACCCUCUGGAUCGCAAAACCGGUUCAGUUAUGACCCCAAACCCACCAUAAACGACCAUGUGAGUUUGGAUCUUCAUCUGUAA